GCGGCGACUUGACUCUUUCGUUAUAGUAAGUCCUUUUCGUAUUCCUUCUUGACAUUCACCUGCUUGCUUGUUUACCACACUUGGUUUACUGCGUCCUGAUGUUUGCAGCGGCGACAUGCUGCCUUCAAUCUCGCUGCCCAAAUUACCCAAAUUGCCCAAGCUUCCCAAGUUGCCCAGUGUGGGCAAUAUCACGAAGAUGGUGCCCAAUGUAGGCGACGUAACAAGCAUCGUCCCCAAACCCCAACUCUCCAGCGUUACCAACCUCGCAAAACUCUCAUAAGGUCGGCCGUUCCUAAUUCGGGUCUUAACAGUGAAUAGUGCAUGAUUGGUCGAACGAAGUGCCGACCUUGUACCGCGCAAAGACGUCGUUACCAGGCGUUGUCGCAACCUGGUU